AUGCAGUAUUCCGAUAUCAACACCCUUUGGAAUAAUAUGGAAUCACAGGAUCACUUAGAUGCGCUUUGUUCACAAAACUCAAAAGUAGUUCCCAAAUGUAGCCCCCGGCAUAACUCAAACCCGAGAAAUCAUAGGAAAAAUCAUGUUUUGAACUAUUUCACAAUAUUAGAUAAUUCAUCCAGUAGUAAAAUUCACAAAGCAAGGUGUAUGCUUCCCGGAUGCGGCAAGGAAAUUUUUUACAGAGGUUCACUUUCAGCACUAAGAUAUCAUUUAAGACAUUGCCACAACAUUAUCAUUGGCACGAAUAUAUCACAGCGACUUCUAUCUCAGUGUCAGCCAAAGAAGCUUGGUUCUUCUAAAAAAAGUCUUUUUUCAACUAGAGAAAAUUUCUUGCAAUUCAUCAAGUACGCGAAUCCUAAUUGCAUUACUUCAGAGAAUGGGAAAUCACGAAUGACCAAUUCGUAUAAUAAACUAUUCUCUAAACUAAAGAGCAUGCUUCAACAGGUCAACUCUGUAGCUUUAGCAAUUGUAUGUUGGGAACUUGAUGGUCAGUAUUCUUAUUUGGAAAUAACAUGUCAUUGGAUUUCCGACGAUUUCCAACUACAUAAAAUUCUUUUGGACCUUGUUUCAAUUCCAAAAUUUUUUGAUUAUAACGAUAUUCAUAAAAGCAUCAAAAGAGUUUUAAGCGCAUGGGAGCUGGAUGGAAAAGUUUAUUCAAUAACCAGAAGGCAUAUAUGGGAUCGAGUAUAUAGGGCUGUCGGGAAAUUCAAUAAUAUUACAGAAGUUGAAUGCAUGUCUUUCGUUAAAGAUUUUUCAACAUACAUUUUAGAACCGGAUCUUGAUAUAAAUCUUCCAUAUUUUGAAGACAUAGAUAAAUUUUUAUCGAUAAAAGACGAAGAAAAUAUUAGAGAACUUUCCAGAAAGAUUAGUACUGGCCUAAAAAAUUCUCAGCAGCUGAUUAAAUAUUUGAUUAACUAUGAAAAUGACUUUCUUAAAGAAACACUUGAAGAUAACGAGAAUAACGGAGUUGAAGAUUUGAUAAGAUGCAUCGAUGAACCAAUAUUUAUGUUAGAAUACCUGGUGGUAUUAGAAGAACCGAUUCGAAAGUUGAUUAUGACGCUAUCUGAUAAUUUAGAAACUGCGUCGAAAGGGAUGUGGAUGAACAACCUAUUACCAGAUGCUACCAUAAUUAAAUUCUUUGAUGAUUUGAGUUCACAUUUAAGACAACUAAAAGAUGCUGUUAAAAAACUCGGUGAAACUCAGUAUUCAUUUUACGAUUUACUGGUCGAAUCCUUUAAUUUAGAAAUUCAAUUAAAAAUACAUAAUGAAAAAAUAGUGGAGAAUAUUGAUGGCGGUCAAUUAUUUUUGAAUGAUAUUCUUAUAAAGUUUUUAAUCUUGGAUAUUUUUGGAGAAUUUGAUUGUAGACGUGAUUUCACAUAUUGUAAAAUUGCGUCUUUAAAUCCUCGAUUCAAGGACAUUUUUGAUGACAAUUACGCUAUUAUUGAAGAAGCCCGUGACACGAUUGAAUCGGAAUAUUUAGAAUUAUGCGAAGAAGAAACAACUCAAAAUCAACCUGAAAAUUCUGAUGAAUUUGAAAGAUAUGAAAUAUUAUCGCAGCGUAAUCAAAAUAGAUAUGAUGAUCCAGUUGAUUGGUGGCGUCAACAUAGAAAAGAAUUGCCUUUUAUGGCGAAAAUAGCGCAAAAGUAUCUUGCCAUUCCCGUGAUAAGCUAUUCAUUUGAUAGAACAUACUCUGAGCAUUGCCAAAACCUAAAGGUUUUAUUAAAUGAGUUAAAAGAUUUCGAUAUGGUACAAAAGUUUAAAUUUUUGAAAUAUAAUAUGGAAUACCUAUAUUGA